AUGCUGUCCACUCUAGACCAUGUCUCAAACUGCUUUAUGUUUCUCCCCACAGAACUCAGACCCAGCAGCUUCAGUGACAGCAUGGGCGGCAGGAAGAAGUUCCCAUCUCCAGCUCCGAGGGCCACCCGCAUCCGUGGUCAAGGCCCUGCUCCAGCCUCCUCUACAGCUCUGCUGCGUGAGGACAGAGCCGGGCCCUCCAGCGCUGGGACCCCUGGACCGCCUUCUCAGGCUCCCAGGAGGUCUGCUCGUCUGCGGACACCUCCUCCUGAGGAGGUGCAGUGUGUGGACAGCCCAAUCCCUGGGCCCUCCUCCCCUGGCUCUUCCUCCAGCUCCUCUGGCUCCUCCUCGGGUCCUCAGCGUCAUCAUGGCCUGGACACCUCAGGCUGGCAGCUGCCCCCCUGGCUCCAUGUGUGGGACAGGUCCCGGCUGUCAGAGAUUAUUGAGCCGAUGCUUCCCAACCUGCACCACACGAACGAGCCAGUCUGGUGCUACGUCCGAGGCUCAGAGACGAUGAUGGUGACUCUCCCCUGGACGCCUGACUCCAUUCUCCAGGAGAUCGGGGAGACCCUGGAUUCCAUCGCCCCCUCAUUCGCCCCCUUCCUCCUCGCUACUGCUUAUCAGUCAGUGAUGAGCAACGAGAUGUAA